GCAAUGAGUAGAAACGGAAGACGGUGGUAGCUAACGAUUAAUUCUGUAUAUUUUCCCGUUCACAACAGAAUACAUACAUAAUUGCACACGCGUCGGUGGAGAUAUUAUAUGUGCAGUUCCACAAACAUUUAAUUUCUUUGACGGUCCUGAAAUGUAUCCAGAAACGUUUCUGACCCCACACCCUUUGGACUGACCAAGAUAGCUACAGCAGGACCCAUAAGGAUUUGGCUGUGUAGAAGCCUGCUAAAAAAAAUAAACUUUAUUUUCAUACUGACAAGAUUCCUCGGCUUUUUUGAUAUGUAUUUUGAGUAUAGACCCUUAAUCAAACAACAAUUUGACAUUAUACAAAUCGUUUCCCCACGCAUGGUGAAUAAGAACAAAAUUCAACUACGUAGUUGAGGCGUUGGCGAUAACAAGAAGAUAACAUGGCUUCGUUGAGAACAUUUACUAGCGCGUAAGAAAAUAAGUUUGUAAACUAGCUAACUAAACGUUAGCUACAGCCACAGUAAGUAAUAAAGUGGAAAUUUGAGUUCGCUUGCUAAAUGAGUUGCUAUCUGAGCAACACUGAAACGCUUAAAAUGAUAUGGCGUUAGUACUAUCUUUUGAGGUACUGCUACCAUUUUACAUUAUUUUAGCAGUUGGAAAAAGCUGUGGCCCGGCAGAAUACCAAGCUCAUGAUGGGGAAUGCUGUCCGAUGUGUGGAAAAGGUUUAGUAGUCCACAAAGACUGCACAUUGGAUUCCAGCACAACAUGCAUUCCAUGUGUAGGAGGGACAUAUAUGAACGAGCCCAAUGGGCUAAACAAAUGCUUCCAGUGUAAGACUUGUGAUUCAGGGCAGGGACUCAGGGUGCUCAAGGAGUGCACCACCACCAGCAACACUUUCUGUGACGUCAUGGAUGGGUUUUAUUGUCAAAGUUAUUCAGCCAAUCAAGAGUGUAGUUUUGCAUUAAAAUAUUCUACUUGCUCUCCUGGUCAACAAACUAAAGUGCCAGGAACAAAGAGCAGGGACACAGUUUGUGAAGCCUGUGCAGAAGGCCACUACUCAGAAGAUGGUAAAAACUGCACGCCGUGGACAGACUGUGAAGUAACUGGUGGAAGGAAGAUUGAAGAUGGUAGCCUAACCAAAGAUGUUGUUUGCCAACAGCCAACAGCACGGAAUAGACUGCUUCUUUUAGUUCCAUUUUCAUUAUUAGCAAUAGCUGUAUCAUAUCUAACAUAUGUACAUCAAUGUAGAAUAGAAAGAUCAAAUGAAUUAAAGGUUCCUGUCCAGGAAUCCCAGUCCCACUCAAGAACAAAGACACCGCCCAAUUCACCGGAGGAAGUGGAUGACGGCGCGUCGUGACAUUAAAGAUUUCCCCAACAAAAGACAGUCAAAAUCAUUAAUGAUGCUUCACAGUAGCGAAGAUCUGGAGCACCUGUAUUAUCAGAAGAGAGUGAGAGAGAAGAUGAGGCCUAUUUUCACACUGGAGGCUGAAGUGGUGAUCUCUUUCAUUGUUUAACAGGAUUACUAUUACAAAGGCUCACCCUUGAUAUCCUGGUCAUCAGUGACUUUGGAUUCUGGAUAGUAUGGGGAACGCUUUUAUUAAUGUGUGUGCUGGAAAAAGGCUUUGCUUUUGCCUUCACCAUGGACAGAGACUUUGGUGUAUCUCAGGGCACAUUGCAAUCCAGUAACCCACCUAAUCUCCCAACUUUCUGCUAAGGAAGCAUCACGUCCUCACCCGCAUAAUAUAUGCCAACAUCUCCAGUUUGUUUGAGAGUAAAUAAGAGGAAGAGAAAGUGAUGCAAGGCAGUCAUUUAUAUGAAAGCACCUGCAUAUGUGUUGGAUUGCUGUGACCCCUUGUGGUAAAACUGUGCUACUGUGGACUUUGUAACAGCAAAGAGUUGGGGGGGAAUGUAGGGUCUCCUACAAAAUGUACUUUUCUUAUUUUGUGCCAAUUUUGGAAGAACCUUAAUUUUUUUGACCAACCUAUUUUUGUGUGUCCCUCAUAUAUCAUUCCAGUGUUUACCACUGAUAUUUGCUUUGUGAAGUAUGUGUUUGGGGUUGCUUGAAAUCCAGGGUUAGAUGUUUUACAAAUCGAUACAGUUUACAGCAUUAAACAAUGUAAUUAACAGAGUGCAGUUAGUUAAGGAGCAUUAACACACAUUUAGAUUACAGUAUAAAUCUGGAACAGGAAAAAUAUUUUUUCCCUUAUUUUCUAACAUUUCCUUAUGCAGUGCAUUAAAAUGCUACUAAGUAUCACUGCCUUGGCUGAUGGCUAACGCUAAAUGGGGCUGGGCUUUGUAAGUAGUUGGAUGUGAGACCUCCUGCAAGAAGCAGGAUGCUGCUUGAAGUGGUGUUGGAUGGGCUAAAGGGGGCACUCUUCUCCCAGCAUCAGUCAGGCAGCCAGUUCCCUGGUACCAUAACUGCUGUUGAAGUUGUUGUCUCUUGAAGGAGAUGUCUAUUGCAAAGUCUGCCCUCACCAAAGUCUUAAUAAGGCUGUCACAAACACUCAAUGGGCCUUAGACACGUAGAAUAUUAUACUUUAGCUGGCAUAGACUGGUCUCUACCCAGACUGAUCAUGUAAAUACAACAAAAGGCCUGAUAGUAAGAAGACAAAUACAUUAAUCUGCUCUAUAACUGGGUAUGUCUUCUUCUUCCAACCAUAAAAGUUGCAGAAUUGCAUGUUUUCCAAAUCAAAACCCGUGUGUCCUGAGUGCUUAGUUCCUAGAACCAAGAUUUGUUCUGUUCCAACCUAACAUCACAUCAUCAUGCCCACUGACUCCCAACAGAAGGUGCUGUAUCUUACACUGAUCUGUUUUCCCUUAUAGAGUGUAAAUAACAGUUCAUCUUCAUUCUUUUGUGUCAGUUUCACAAACAGCUGAUAUUCUCCAAGAUCUGAUCACUUUGAGAUUGAGUUGCAUGUGGUAGUAUGACUGACAUUGUACUCAUCUGCAGAGUCAUACAAAUUGAAGACACAGUAAAAUGUUUCAUUUCAUGUAUGAGUUCUGUGGAGUCUUAGACAGAGCAUUGUAUACAAUUGCCAUCUAUUGGGAGACAAUGCAAAAUUUGACAUGUAUAAUGGAAUCCUGCUUACAUUACAGCAUUGGCAUUUAGAUGCUCUUUUCCAGAGCAACUUAUAUCAGUUACCAUUUUUUGAGAAUGUUAUCCAUUUAU